UCUUUCAUUAUGACAGGCUGGGACGGGGGUCUUUCACCCUGACCAGCAGCCCUCAGGUCUGUGAAGACAUGGGAUGAUCCUCUGUUCUUUGGGAGACAAUACCGCACCUGCUCUGGCUUCUCUCCAUCUCUGCUGCGCACAUGCUCACAAGACACUGUAGUCCCUUUUGUGACACUUCAGCUAAUUAGCCUUCCUCUCCUCUCCUGACCCCAGAACUCCGCUGUAUGGUUGCCUCUGCAUUUGCACCAUCAGCCUGGAAGCUGGAAAGCAACCUCUUGUUUGUAUCACGCCGAGCCCCAGUACUUUGUAAAGCCACGUCACAGAGCUUGCAGACACCCAGUUCACAGUGUUCAUGCGAGUCACCAUGUCCUGGUCCUCGGUUCUGAAGCGUCUCCUUGCUGUCUGCAUCUUCGCCCACUUGUCUGUCAUCUGUGUGGAGAGUUACAGUUGUGAAAACAAAGACUGCUUUAAUGGGAGAUGCUUAUCUAAUCCAAGGACUUGUGAAUCCUCUAAAGGCUGCUUCUACCGAGUGCAGAAUUUUGAAGCACCAUAUGAACCAGCCACAGACCUAAGGCUCCAAGAGAGAGGCUGUUCUAAAGACAAGUGUACUGAGCUAGCAUUCUCAGCAACCCUGGGGGGCUAUCGGACGUUUACAUAUGACCACAAAUGCUGCUACACUGAUCAGUGCAACAAAGAGCCCAGAAGUGUGUCUCGGCCAUCUCUCCUACCCAAUGGUGUUGAAUGCCCUGCCUGUUUCAGUGACAAUGGCACGUGUAACCCAGUUUCCCUGAAGUGCACCGGAGUAGAGACACAGUGUAUGGAGGUUACCGCAAGAGAAGUGAUUGAGAGCCUUCCCCCACGUGUGAUACAUGGCAUGGGCUGCGCGACAAAAUCUGCCUGCAACUUGAAGAAUCUGACCAUCGGGGAAAAUAUGAAGAUCAAUACCGUCUGCUCCAAAGGGAGCCCCCCUCUCAGGUCCAUCUCAUCCGUUCUGGCUGGUCUUUUCCUAGUGAAAGCCUUGCUUUGAUCCUUUGGGGACUGUCACUCCCACGAUCCCUUUUCACAUUUAAACACAUCAGCAACCUUUCAUGACUCCUUUACCCAACAGGGGAGAAGUAAAGACUACAGAUUAUACUUUGGAUGAGAAACUCUUACUUUCUUUUUUGGCACAUUUCACAAGACUGUGAUCUCUUUCCUGUCCCUACCCACCCCUUGAGCCACACAUCCCCAGAGCAAUUAUCAAUUUACGCUCCUGAUUUGUAACUGUCCAUUGCUAAUAAAAAUAUUUUUAUUUUGGGGGGACAGGGUCUCACUCCACAGCACUGGCUAGCCUACAAUUCACUAUGUAGAUAAAGCUGGCCUUGAACUCAGAGAUUUAUCUAUCUACUUCUGCCUCCAGGUGCUAGGAUUAAAGUGUGCACCACCACACCUGGCCUAGAAAACAGAUUUUGAAUGAACAGUGCAGAGCCCAGGAGAAUCAUUUUCCAAAGUUUAUUGAAGUCUUUGGGUAUGGUGGUGAAUACUUGUGGUCCUGCUGUCUAAGUGGCAGAGGCAAGAGGAUUAUUGUUAAGGGUUAGGGUUAGCACCUAAUAAUAUGGGCUAUAUGCUGAGCUUCAGGCUGGCAAAAGCUACAAACAUGGCAAGAUGCUUCCCCCCAAAAUAAGAAUCUGGCAUGGAAGUAUGCUCUUGAAUUCCAAAACUAAGACAACGGACACAAGCAGAUCCCUAGCCUAACGCAAUGGGAGCCUUCCAGGCCAGUGAGAGCCCCCAUCUCAAACACAACAACAAAAAUGGUAGGCAGCACAUGAAGAACCAGAGCUGAGGCCCCACAGCGAUGUGCACACACAUACCAUACACAUUAAAAUAAAAAUAAGGAGGC